GCGCCUGCGCGUGUGUCUUGGAUCACGACGUGCUCUCCGCGAAGCAAAAUAGCGAAAGCCAAGAGACCUGUAUUUAAAUUAUAUAAAAACCCGUGCAAACUUGUAAACGGAGGCUAGUACUAAUUGUAUCGUGAUAGUCUAACUUUGGAAUUGUGCAAGCGUAGAUUAAAUACGAAACGUUUAUUUUGUCGAGAUAAAUUCCUCAGACAUUCUGGUGUCAGUGGGAUAGCUAGUAGGCUAAUGUCAAAGUAAAUAUCGUUAACAGAUGCUGGUUUGUUUUAAUGCAGGUUGUAUUCUGGCAGUAGCUAACUAGCUGUCCACUGGUUGCAACAUGGGACGAAAGAAACACGACAAGUUUGUUCGUCCUGACAACAAGGGCAAAGAAAAAAGGCAUAGAAUGAAGGGAAAAUCCUUAGAGGCCUUUACAGAAGAAAUGCACACAGCUUUUGAAGCGAGUCUUCACGUAGAGGAGGGAGCACAGGCCCCUCAGGUGAAACUGCCUUGUCCUCUUGCCAUGUGGGAGUUGGGUCACUGUGAUCCCAAGCGUUGUACUGGCAGAAAGCUGGUACGAAAGGGCUUUGUACGCAACCUGCGCCUCAAUCAGAGAUUUAACGGACUCAUACUUAGUCCAAUGGGCACAAAGUAUGUGACACCGGCAGACAGGGAGAUUGUGGCUCAAAGUGGGUUAGCAGUGAUCGACUGUUCCUGGGCCAAGCUGGAGGAGACUCCGUUCAACAAGAUGGUCGGAACUCAUCCCAGGUUACUGCCAUACCUCGUUGCUGCAAACCCCGUCAACUACGGCAAGCCUUGCAAAUUGUCUUGUGUUGAGGCUUUUGCGGCCACAUUCUGCAUUGUAGGUUUUGAAGAACUAGCAGUGCUCUUGUUGAAGAAAUUCAAGUGGGGGACAGUGUUCCUGGAUCUCAAUAAAGUUCUGCUGGACCGCUAUGCUGCUUGCCAGUCAGAGGAGGAGCUGCUCUCUGUAGAAAAGGAUUUUCUCAUGUCCAAACCAGAGGAGGAGGAGUUUGAUCCAUUUGAUGUUGACUCAGGAGUAGAAUGUAGGAAUCUCAACAGACGUCAGUGUGCACCUGAAGAUGAUGAUUCCAGUGAGGAUACAGACACCUCAGAGGAUAAUGAUGACGAAGCAGAAGAUGAACAAGCAGAGAGUGACACUGAGUCAAAAACAGUCUCUCAUCAUCACGAAGAGGAGGAGACUGAAUCAAAGUCAUUACAAUAAAGCAUAUUUCAGCUAUGGAUUCUUUUACUACAAGGACUGGCAAAACUUUUUCAACAUUUGUGAUUAAUACAUCAACUGAUGGCUUUUUGGGGUUAUCCAGUUUUGUAUAAGUAUCCAAAUAAUAAGACAUUUUUACAAUAAAUUGUAUGUUUUUUAUGUAAACAGACUUAAUAAAUGAACAUUUGCACCUGU